GCUGACGGAUGAGCUCUCUCAGUCAGCUGAUAGGAAACCAAGUGAAAGCUGUAACCGGCAAGAACAAGGCAGUGUAUGUGAACAUUUUCAUUGUGCUAAGAAAGGGCGAGAAUACCAGAUAAUGCUGCUCAAGGUCUGCCUGAAUGUACAACCAGCCGCUAUGUAUUUAAGCAACAUUAGACGGGCUUGUGUUACCCUCCUGGUGUGUGCUGUGUAGUACAGUUUUCCCCUGGACUAGAUCUUUCUAUAGAAAAGUUAACUGGAUGUGAAAUGACUGUGUCACUCAUGGAUUUAGUGGUAUUAAGGACCAGGGUGAUUCGGUGAAAUCCUGUCUAGGUGUGAAUGCUGGUGAAAUAUUAGAGUUUGUACAUUUGGCGAUUCCUGGAUGACCAAAUACAGUACUAGGCCUUUCCGAGUGAUGGGCUAUCAGGUUCUGAUGAUGCAACGCCUUGAUUAUAAUGAAGAUUACUUUUCUGGAAAAUCCUCAUCAUUCUGACGGCUUUGUUUCACAGAGACCUGCAGUAAAAGCAAACAAAAGUCGUGCAUAAAGCAAAAAAAAGUUGAUCAUCUUUAAGCUAACUUAUGCUCCAGUGAUGGUGGAAGUUACUCUGCAACCAGUUUGUGUCUGCAGUUGUAAAGAUGGAAGAUUUCCCGAAAUAGCUGAGGCGGACACGACAAUCAUUUGGAAUCUCUUGUACAAAGAAAGGUGUGUGGUGGCACAGCUUAUCCCCAAGCGACAAGACCAUCAGGGUAACCAGUUGGAUAGAGGAGUGAUGCUGUGCCACAGGAGUGUCAACAAAAGCAUCUUUGGUUCAACUUCAUGAAGGCACCUCUUCAUCUUUGUGAAUCGCACAACCGUUUUCCCUGCUCUUGGAUUUCUACGUUUCUGUGGUGUAAAAUACAACAGUCCAUGAGGCACAUGCAUUUGGAGAGCUCUGAGAAGGAACAGUCUAAGGACGUACCUCUGCAGGCUUCAGGUCAUGCCAAUGGCAGCCUCCAAGGUUCACCAGCAAGUGACUACAGUGUGGACUCUAAUGAUGUCUCACAAAGAGGUGUUUUGGGAGAAUACAGUGAGGGGGAGGUCAGAUUUCAAAAGGUGUACCAGCUCUCAAUAUUUUCACACCUAUCUAGCACUUCCAAUAGUUCGGAGCAGAGAAACUGCAAACAGGGUAUUAAGAGAUGUCUGAGUGAACAGCAUCCAGACCUUGAGCCUAAUCAGAAACGAAUACAUGUGCGUUGUAAAAAUCCUUCUAUGUUGACUGAAAACUUAAAUGCUUUUCACUGUGGAACUGACAACGGCAAUCAUCCGGAACCGGUUGUGGAAAAAACAAAUGAAUUUACAGAUCAGGAAGAUAACUGUUUCCAUGAUGGAGAGCCAGUUAUACAUGGGUCUGCGCAACACUUUUCUCACAGUGGUUUGCACGUAGUGGAACAUAAAGGCCUUCGGGACGAUAUCUUGUUAGAAGAUGGAGAGACUUGUACACCUGCAAGUAAAUCAACACCAAAAACUCCCUCUGAGAAAUGGGCGCCACCUAAAGUGAGUGCUGGUUUGCCCUCUUCUGAGAAAACACCCUCCUCCUGUGGACAGACUGCUACUAUCCCAAGCCGAUGUACAGUAAAACGAAAGCUGCUCUCACCAACAAAUGCAUUGGGGAAAGAGAUGUGCUUAGGGGAUGAAUGUCCCUCUGUCGCAAAGAAAUGUAGGAUUCAGUUAUCUCAUUCCAUCCCAGUAUCCUGCAGAAGUACCGAUGCCAAAGGUGCACCUUUCUGGAAUCACUUACUUCCAUCGUCGAGAGAUGCAUCCAAGAAUUCUUCGGAUUGCAUCAAUGCUGGCAGAAGGUUAAAAAAUGGAUUGCGCUCAAAAACGAGAUCUCUAUGCAGUGCAUUUGGGGGAGAAUCCAGCAAGUUUUCGUCAAGUUCCAGCGCCUCUCCUUCUGUUAGCCGUUCUUUGCUUGGCAACUUUGAGGAGUCGCUGCUAAAAGGAAGAUUUGCACCAUCGGGAAGAAUUGAAGGUUUUACAGCGGAACUGGGAGCGAGUGGAUCAUACUGCCCGCAGCAUGUGACAUUACCUGUGGACGUGUCUUAUUAUAACAUUUCAGAGCACAGUGCGCCAUCACCGUUCCUGGGUGUGAUAAAUCUGGAAUCGUUGGGAAAGAAGGGUUACAACAUCCCCAAAGCAGGAACCAUCCAAGUGACCUUAUUCAACCCAAACAAAACCGUGGUGAAAAUGUUUCUAGUGACUUAUGACUUCAGUGACAUGCCACCAAACCACAUGACAUUUUUGCGUCACAGGAUCUUUCUCGUGCCUGUAGAAGAAAAUGAAGGAACGCAUCACAAUACGGAAAAUUUGGAAGCAAAGAAAAAAGUACUGUGUCAUCUGAUCCAUUUGAG